UGUUCGAAGCAGUACAAGCAGAACUGUCGAGCGAGCAACAACAUGCCGCAGGAGAUCAGAGCUGAAAAUGUUAACUUCUGCUUGCGGAAUCGUGAACGCCGAUGAAGAAAUUUUGAGAACUUUUUAUCCGGCGAAGCAGUGAAACGAUAAAAAAAAAAAUUGAAAAAAACUCAUCUCGCGAAGAGUACAUCCAUUUCACAAUCGCUGUUCCUAUUAAGAUUAUUUAUUUUCUUCUUCGUUUUAUUUUUUUAUUCGCCUCUUCGAUGAUGUUGUUGUAAUUUGUCUAUAUAGUGCAGUGCGAAAAACGGUUUGUAGACUUAAGCGGUAAGUGAUCGAUGAAUCGGAAAGAAUUUAUAGUUUAUCAGAUCGGUUCGAAUCCAUUGAAUUCUGUAGUGAUUAAAAGUGCGAUAGCAUUCGAUCGGGAUCGUCACCAAACUGCUCCGAAAAACCGAUGAUCUGGUAAUAGAAUAGAAUAGAUUAAACCAAGGACGUUUAUUAACGAUCUAUCGACAUGUUGCUGUCGAAGGUGAUUUUAUUUCUCUUCCUGAAUUGGGUGGUCAAGGGCGACCUGCUCGAUCUGUACGUCCAGCACAUGGACGAAACUAUGAAGACGAUCGUGUACCAAAAAAAUCACGUGAAAAACCUCGCCAGGAAUCGGAACAAAAGAGAAACCGAAACGCCGGCUCAGGUGGCGGAAGAAGGGGCCUUUUAUAAGUUUGGAAACUUCAAAAAACAAAGAUUAGAAGUUGACGAAGGCUGGAACGAAAAAUCUACGGAGGACAAAGCCCAGGGGAAUCAAGCGAAAAAGGUAUUCAUAGAAAAGGACGAUGGGUUGAACUUCGAGAACAAACGAGAAGAAAACCUCGAUUCAAAUCACUAUGAAAUAGUUCAGAAGGAGACAAUUACAAGUGCGUCGAUCGAACCAGAAUCCGAGCCGAAGCAUAAAGGGAAGGGUAAAAAAGUUCUUCUCGAGAAGAACGACGGAUUGGAGGUUGAAAACGCAGCGGAAGAACCGCACGAUCGUACUCCCGCCGAUUUCGAGACGAUCACGACCACGCCGAGCCCGGAUCGAAUUGAAAAUUCGGAUUCGAAGGAGGAAUUUUUACCCGAAUUUCAAUCCGGCUACAUCGAGGCCGUCGACAUGGACGGGACGGAGGUGCCGGCUAGUUUGGAAACAAAAUCUAGUUCGAAAAAACUCGAAGCGCAGGUGUUCGAAGGUACCGAGGAGGAGGACGAGAAUAACGUGACAAAUUCUGUCGCUUCGUCGGAGAUUGAGGAGGCAGAAUUUUGGAGGGAGGAAGACGUGGAUCUGGACAUCGAGUUGGUGACCGACCGCUCCGAGGACGCGAGUUCGGAAAAAAGUUGGCGGAAUCCAUCCCUGAAGAGGAAUCCGAAGGCACUCGGUGGUCAGGUUCCUAAGAAGUACGCUCCCACAGGUAAAGCUGUCAAGUUACGUCAAAAACCGAGUAACAAAGAGCCAACGACGAGCUAUUUCACUUUGACGGCGAACGCGACCAGAACGAAAAGGUCCGCGAAAAAGCCGAGAUUCUCUCACCGCGAGGUACUCGACAACGACGGCGAUGUUAUCCUAGAAUGGGAUCCCUCGGACGAAGAAAUCGUGACCUUCAGGGUCACCGCCAAAACUUUGGGCUACGUGGGAAUCGGUUUCAACGAUAAAAGCCACAUGAAGGGCGCCGAUCUUCUACUUGCCUGGAUAGAUAACCACAACGGAAAUGUCAACUUAUUGGACUCCCAUGGCGUUGAGGAGAGAAAUGCCGCACCUGUUACCGACCUAUCUCAGGACGUCGAAGUGCUCGAAGGAGUCCAAAACGACACCCACACUACCGUAAUGUUCUCAAGGAGGUGGCGAACUUGCGAUCCCCAGGAUCAUCAACUUACCGGAGAUACGGUGCACGUACUUUGGGCCUUGCACGAAACUGACCCAGAACUGAACACCGCCGCCGGACACGGAGAGAGACGAGGAGGUCGAGCUCUCAGACUCAAGGGUCCCACACCCCAUCCACCUCCCGUUAAAAUGACGCCAGAUGUCAAUCACUGGGACGUCAAGUUGAACCGAUUUACCGUUUCGAACAGUCAGGACACGGUCUACUGGUGCAAAAUUUUCAAGGCGCCCUUCCACGACAAACAUCACAUGAUUGGGUACACACCGCUCAUCGAAAAAGCAAACGAGGCUCUAGUCCAUCACAUAAUGCUCUACGAGUGUGCCUCGAUGUUACCCAUACUUGGAGCUCACGCAAGAAUCGCCGGCGCGCAUUGCUAUAGCCCAACCAUGCCCAGAGAAUGGGACUCUUGUCUGCAGCCGGUCGUCGCUUGGGCCAGAGGCAGCAAAGGCGAAUGGCUUCCGAAUCACGUUGGAAUACCGAUUGCUGAGCACAGAGAGGGCUCUUAUUACAUGUUAGAAGUACACUACAAUAACCCAGAAUUAAAGGAAGUUGUGGACAGCAGCGGCAUCACGCUGUACUUGACUCCUAAACUCAGACCUCAGGAGGCGGGGAUUCUUGUGGCUGGUGUCGCAGUCAGCCCCCUUCACAUGGUACCACCGAGACAAAAAGAAUACGCGACUGCCGGGUACUGCACUCCGCACUGUACGAAAAAGAUGUUUCCCGAUGACGGGAUCAAUAUCGUCUCCGUUGUCCUCCACUCUCACCUAGCCGGAAAGCGUCUUGGCCUCAAACAUAUCAGACAGGGAAAAGAGCUUCCAAGAAUCGUCCAAGACAAUCACUACGAUUUUAAUUACCAGCAAACUUACACCUUGGAAAAUGAAGUAAAAGUUCUUCCGGGCGAUGAGGUAGUAAUGGAAUGCGUUUAUGGAACACUCGACAGGGCUCAUCCUACGCUCGGAGGCUACGCGGCUACACAGGAAAUGUGUUUAGCAUUCAUGGUUCACUAUCCCAGGACACCAUUGGCUGCGUGCUACAGUAUGACCCCUGUGAAGGACCUUUUCAAGACCCUCGGAGUUGACAGUUUCAAAAAUGUCACAGUGGAGCAUUUGGAGAAACUCUUUCUCACGACGGGAAUCGAAACCAUCGCUUUGCCAACCACAACUCAGCAACAGCCUAUUUAUCCCGUGGCGAGACCAGGAGGAGAAAUGGAUCAGAAGUUGAUCAAGGAAGCUGAAAACGCCCUAAGAGCCAUGCGGGAUUACACCGAAGAACAUGAGGAGGACAACGUUUUCGCUCGAUUAAUCAUCGAGACACCGAAAGAGUUCGGAGGACGCACUUUAGCGGAACACAUGCUCGCGUUACCUUGGACCGAAGAACUUCUAGCCAGGUCGAUCGAACGCAGUCUUUAUCACGGAAGACACAUGACGUUUUGUAGAAAGAGGGAUGACAAGCUAGCAGUGCCAGCUGACAUUCAAAUGUUUCCGAAUUUCACCGCGUUACCGGAAGUGAACGAUACUAGUUGCGACGCAUUGAAAAUCGUCUCCAGUUGCAGCGCGAAGAGAGCCUCUGCAAUAAUCAUCGCUUUAGUUACGAGCGUUUGUCAUUGGCGAUUCAUCGAACGAUUGUAAAAAAAUAUUAACCAAUCAAAGUUUAACGAAGAAGCAACGAUGGAAGUGAAAUCUCUGUAAAUUUUCAAAUCUGUACAUUGGCAUUAUUAAUUUAUUACGUAUUGUUCUAUAAUAAGAAUAUUUAAUUCGACCGUUCGGAACAGGUCAAGAGCGAAUUUUCUAUACGUUAAGUUAAACCAAAUUCUAAUGUGUCAAAAUUUCAAAAAUUUUGUGUUAGGGAUGGAAGUAUCUUGUACAUAUAUUUAUAUAAACGGUAAUUAAUUUUAGUAUAUAUAUGUAAUACUCUGAUAUUUUGUAUCGCACGUUUUGUAUAAAAUAAAAUUCAGUUAUCGAACUACG